AUGACCGAAAACGUUAAUAUAAGCAAUACAAUUAUUGCCGAUAUACCAAUUUUCAACAGUAAUCAUGGUGUUUUUGACAAUACAUCAGAAAUGGUUGGUAACAAUCUUCUCAAUUUGAGUAAAGACUUAUCUGGUAUUCAAACAUUAAAUGUAACCCAAAAUACUUUAAAUUUAUGUAUUGAAGACAUAUCCGAGAAUAGUAAUACAAAUUUAUUGGAUAAGUUAAGACAUUGGGUUUUAGAAUAUAAAAUUUCACAUAAUAGUUGUAAUUCACUACUUAUUAUAAUGAGGUCGGAGGGAUUGAAAGUACCCAAAGAUGUGCGUACUCUUAUGAGAACACCUAAAACACAUGAAAUUUGUAAUAUGACUAAUGGUACUUACAUUCAUUUAGGCUUUGAAAAUAUGUUAAUACCAGUUUUAGAGUUAUAUUAUAAAAAUGUAGGAAUAUCUGACAACAAUUUAAAAAUAGGGAUUAAUAUUGAUGGUUUACCUUUGGUAAAAAGUUCCAAAAGUCAAAUAUGGCCAAUUUUAGUUUCUAUUUUAAAUUUUAAGGAAUUGCGUACUAAUGUUUUUCCUAUUGGUAUUUUUCACGGUUACCAAAAGCCUCAAUCGGUUGAAGAAUUUUUUAAUCCAUUUGUUUCGGAUAUUUUAAAAGUAUUAAAAGAUGGUUUGUAUGUAUGUGGAAAAUUGUUAAAUGUAGAGGUAUCAAAUAUAGUUUGUGAUGCCCCUGCAAAAUCCUUUCUUUUAAAUGUAAAGAGUCAUAAUGCUUAUUUUGGGUGCACAUCAUGUGUGGAGGAAGGAACCUAUUUACAAAAUCGUGUAUCUUUUCUUGGAACGGAGUCAAAAUUAAGAACUGAUGAAUCAUUUCGCAAACAAUUUGAUGAUGACUAUCAUAAAGGGGAUAGUCCAUUACUGAAUUUACCAAUUAAUAUAACUGAAGUAGUAUGCCUUGACUAUAUGCACAAUGUUUGCCUUGGAGUAACAAAAAGAUUGAUAGAAUUUUGGGUUAGGGGCAAAAAAGACAUUAGAUUAGCUGACGAAAAAAAAAAACAAAUAAACAAUGAAUUAAUAAAAUUAAGAACAUACAUGCCUUCUGAAUUUGCUCGGUUGCCAAGGUCUAUUGACGACAUUGAGUAUUUUAAAGCAACAGAAUUGAGAAAUUUUGUCAUGUACACUGGUGCAAUUGUCUUGCAAGGUAAAUUAAAGAAAACUUUUUAUAAUCAUUUUAUGCUUUUAGUAUUUGCUGUUCGUAUUUUAGCAUGUGCUGAAACUUGUCAGACGCUCAAUAAUAUAGCUUCUCAAUUAUUAAAAAAAUUUGUUACUGAUUAUGCUACAUUAUAUGGUCAACAUUUAAUAUCCUACAAUGUUCAUAGUUUGAUACACCUACCUAUGUUUUCAAUGAUACAUGGACCACUUGAUAGUUUCAGUGCAUUUAGGUAUGAGAAUUACCUACAAUUUAUAAAGAAAUCUUUAAAGUCUACAAAAUAUCCAUUACAGGAAAUAUUAAAUAGAAUUGUAGAAAAGCAAAAAACUGAUAACUCUAAGUUUGAUCUCUACCCCCAGUUGCCCCAUUUAAGCAAAGAAAUCCAUCAACAUUCACUAUCAGUUUUAGAAUUAUCUGAUACAGUUUAUAGAAAAUAUAGUUUAAUAAGAACAAAUACAACUAUAGAUACAUUAAAAGAAAAGGAUAAAUACUUCAUGUUAGAUGAUAACGCAUUGGUCUCAAUAGUUAAUAUUGUAAAGUCUAAAGACAAUUCUGUAAAAUUUUUUGUCAAAAAAUACCUAAAUUGUAAAGAAUUUUGCAAUGGACCUGUUAUUUCUUCCUUAAUUAUAGGUAUGUACAAAAUUAUAACUGAUGAAAUAUCAGAUAUAUAUUGUGUAAAUGAAAAUAAUUUAAAACAUAAAUGUUUUUGUGUUAGUGUAGGUAAUAAUUUAGCAAUUAUGAUAACAUUAUGCCAUGAAAUAAACAUGUAA